UUGUGCAGGGUUCACAGGAUGAGCAAUUGGGAUUUUUGUGGUUGGGGAGAUUGUGAACGGAGAGAUUAGAGAUUAUUUUGUGCUGUUCUGACCAACUGCGCAGAUAGUGUAUGUGGUGCUCCAUUUGGGAUAUUAUUUGUUUAAGAGGCGGUUGGGUGAGUUUCUUAUGUUUUCUUUGUGCUGACGGGUUAUUUUUUGGUUUUAUCUAUUCCUAUGAACUUUUUGGUGCCUGAUCGAGAGUAUGAGGAUUAUGAAAUUGAGCCAGCUUUCUUUUGGGCUGCUCAAAUUCUUAGUGGAUUAGGUUCAAUUAGGUUCCUAUAUUUGCUUGUAAUGGAAGCUUGUGGACGUAGAAGUGAAGAACUCAAUCCUGAAGUUCAGUUUGAUGCAAGGAACUACUUUGAUCAGAUUUCAUUAAUAAUUUAUCAAACUUUUACUCCAUUAAAAUCAGAUGAAUGUGCCAUCUGAUUAACAAAAUAUGAACAGGAUGAUACCAUCAAAGUUAUGCCUGUGUGCUUUCAUACUUUUCAUGCUGAAUGAAUCAGAAUUUGGUUCGAUACAAACUCAACAUGUCCAUUCUGCAGAAGAGAUUUUACCAAGCAAGACAUUCAGAGAUGCGAAAGUAUGAGUGAGGAUGAGAUCUACAGAUGCAUCCAAGCCAGUGAUGUGCGUCCAUCACUGUUCAAUGGUCCCAAAAGGAUGGAUUCUAGAGAUUCCCUGAAUACUCCAUACAAUCCAAACUACAAGGGAUAGACACUUAAUCUAAUGAUUUUCAAUUUUAUAGAAUAAUUCAAUUGU